CUAGAGUGCCAAAAAAAAAAAAAGUGCUGAAGAGUCCUAGGGUGAUGAGGCUAUUUUUGUUUGAAGCUGAUACUUCUAGCUGAGCCACAAGUGCUGCUUGGAAAGGGCUUAGGUUGUUUCCAGGGGGAGAACUCUGCAGAGAAGAGGCAAAGUUCAACAGGACAACGAAGAAGCAGCAGAAACAGCCAGGAAAACGAAGAGCCCUCACGUUUAAACACACAGCCCUCUACCAGAGUUCUCGAAUCUGAAAGUAUUCUGCAAAGUGCUACUUGACGGGAACUUUUCACCUGACUUUUACUUUCUACGACCACCAUGACUGAGCUCACUGCUGAAGGAAAUGCAUCUACAACCACGACUGUGAUAGACAGCAAAAAUGGAUCUGUGCCCAAAUCACCUGGAAAAGUGCUGAAGAGGACAGUCACAGAAGACAUAGUGACGACAUUCAGCUCCCCUGCAGCCUGGCUUCUGGUCAUCGCUCUGAUAAUCACAUGGUCAGCUGUUGCCGUUGUUAUGUUUGAUUUAGUGGAUUACAAAAACUUUUCAGCAAGCUCUAUUGCCAAGAUUGGCUCAGACCCUCUAAAACUCGUACAUGAUGCUGUGGAGGAAACCACGGACUGGAUCUAUGGAUUCUUUUCUUUGUUGUCUGAUAUCAUCUCAUCUGAAGGUGACGAAGAAGAUGAUGAUGGGGACGAGGACACUGAUAAAGGGAGAAUAGAAAGUCCACCCUUGAAGCAGAAGGAAAUACACAAAGAAAAGACUGAAAAGCAGGAGAAACCUGAAAGGAAAAUACAAACUAAAGUUACACACAGAGAAAAAGAAAAAGACAGAGAAAAAGUAAAAGAAAAAGACAAAGAAAAAGUAAAAGAAAAAGACAAAGAAAAAGUAAAAGAAAAAGAAAAACCUGAAAAGAAAGAAGAGAAGAAAACUAAGUCUGAAGAAAAGACUAAAAAGGAAGUAAAAGGUGGGAAACAGGAGAAAGUGAAGCCAACAGCUGCAAAAGUGAAAGAAGUACAGAAACCACCGUCUAAACCCAAGGAGAAGGAGGACAGAGAGACAGCAGCUGUGUCAAAGCAUGAACAGAAAGAUCAGUAUGCAUUCUGUCGAUAUAUGAUUGACAUGUUUGUCCGUGGGGAUUUAAAACCAGGACAAAGUCCAGCUGUACCACCUCCAUUACCGACAGAACAAGCUUCCAGACCCACCCUGGCAUCACCUACUCUUGAAGAAAAAGAAGGAGAAAAGAAGAAAGCUGAGAAGAAUGUUACUUCUGCAACAAAGAAGAAAGAAAAAGAAGAUGUCCCAAAGAAAAGUGAGAAGGAAACUGCCAUUGAUGUGAAAAAAAAAGAGCCUGGUAAGUGGAUAGAGAAUAAGGAAGGUGCUGUUUUUCACAGGGUGGUCUGGGAAGCAGCAACUAAAAAGGAUGAAAAGAAGGAAGAUUCCAAGAAAACCAAAAAACCUACAGAAGCAGAACAACCCAAGGGAAAAAAACAGGAAAAGAAAGAAAAACACGUGGAACCAGCAAAAUCACCAAAGAAGGAACACUCAGAAACUGAACGAGCCAAAGAAGAAAAGGAGAGGAAGCCUAUUAAAGGGAAAGAAGAGAAGGUUCCAGUUUCUCUAAAAGAAAAAGAAGCUGAAACUAAAAAAGAUGAAAAGAUGUCCAAACCAGGGAAAAAGAAAACUGAUAAACCUGAAAAGGAAAGUAAAGAAAAAGCAGAAGUGAAACAUCAUAAAGAAGAAAAAGUCUCGACAAGAAAAGAAAGUCCUCAAUUACACAAUGUGACAAAAGCUGAAAAACCGGCAAGAGUAUCAAAAGAUUUUGAAGCUGUACCAGCUCCAAAGAAAGCAAAAGAAGAAACUGAAGAUGUAUCUUCCACAAAGAAGCAAAAAAGUCCCAUCAGUUUCUUCCAAUGUGUCUACUUGGAUGGGUAUAAUGGCUAUGGAUUUCAGUUUCCUGUCACUCCCGCACACCACCCUGGAGAGCGCGCUGGCCAUGGAAAUUCUCCAGGACAGAAACAACAAGGACAAUAG